GUGAGAGCUGCAUCUCAGUACAUAUAUCGGGCUGUUUCUUUCCCUUUUCCUCCCAGAGAGAGUACGCUUUUAUUUUUUGAAUCAUCAUCUGAUCUCUCUCUCUCUCUCUCUCUCUCUCGAUCUUCCUCUCCAUCGUCUCAUGUCCUCUCUGAAGUCUUUGACAAGCCAGACUACAAUCCCUAAUACCACUCAGUAAAAGAUCAUCAACAUUCCUCCCAAGAUGUAUAACCUCCCUCGAAUUUUGGCUGCCACAGCAGCCAUUGUUGGCCUCGUCUGUGCUGCCCCGGCCAAUAGCGGGCGAGGUUUCAGUGAUCCCACCGACGAUGGGUUCCCCAGCCCCAGCGCUGAGCAGCUUGCUGCGAUCGAGAGCAUCGCCGGCGGACAGAUCUCCAACGCUGCCCCUCCGCCCAAGCUGGCGGCGAGCAGCCUCACGGCCUUCCAGCUGAUCGCUUUCAACGAGAAUUUCGAGGUCGGCUUCUUCUCGUCUCUCAUCGACAACGUCACCGCCGACGCACCGGGUUACAACCUGGAGGCCACGGAGAAGCAGCAGGUGCUUGACGUCUUGAAGGCGGUCAAGGCUCAAGAAGAGCUUCACGCCAUCAGCGCGCUCGCCGUCUUGGACCACUUCGGUGCCUUCGCCCCUCCACCCUGCACGUACAAAUUCCCCACGACUGACAUCAAGUCGGCCAUCGCCCUCGCCGAGACCUUCACGGCCGUCGUCCUCGGCACCCUGCAAGAUGCCAGCCAGCUUCUCGCGACCAACGGCGACGCAGCUCCCGUCCGCACCAUCGCCGCCGUCAUCGGCCAGGAGGGUGAGCAGACUGGUUGGUACCGCGCCCUGCUGGGCCUGAAGCCCAGCGAGAAGCCCUUCCUCACGACCUCAACCGCGGCUUUCGCCUUCUCCGUCCUGCAAGGAUUCGUCGACGAGUGUUCCUUUGACCCGGCCACGGAGAUCCCACUCCCCAUCUUCCCUGCCCUUUCGGUGGUCAGCGGUGAGGGAGGCGCCAACGUCGCUGCUGAGGACCAGACGCUCGAGUUCAGCGCGGACCUGACCGACGCGCCGGCCGGCUGGGACCAGUACCAGGGAGGCAACGGUGAGGGUCUGUACGUCACCUACUUCACGGGCCUGAACGUGCCCAUCAGCGAGCCUGUCACCGUCUGCAGCUGGAGUGGCAAUGUCAUCACUUUCCAGGCGGCGUUCCCCUACUCGGAGAAUGUCAUGGAUGGGCUGAGCCUUGCGGCGCUGACGACAAGCGGAAACUUCACCGACCCUGAUGCUGUUCCGGACGCGACCCUUGCGGCGCCUGGGUUGAUCCAGGUCAAUGCUGCUCUCUGAAUAAUUUCUUGAUCAAGGGAUUUUCUUUUUUUCUCUUCAUGGUAUACCUUAUUCUAGGGUUUUGGGGUUUGGCGUACGAACUAUUUAUUCAUUGGUUAUAUUCUUGUCCUGAAUACCCGAGUCUGUCGAGUUACGGAAUUUUUUAGUGCUUUCGAAAGAAAGAAAAAAAAUAAUGGAGACAAUUGAUACAAAUACACGCCUUCUCGAAUUGAU